UAAGUGCAUCUCUCCAAACAUGAAUACAUUCUCAUGAGAAAGAGGUAACAUGGAGCAACUCGGGCCCGCAGUUUGUGUGAUUUUAGCACUCAGUGCCUUUGUGCACCAUGGCAUAGCUACUGCUCAAAAAGGUGGUUAUGUACCAGACAAGCCAGGAGUGUGUCCUCUCAGUCACCGGCUCUUCGGACUGUGUGUUGAAUUAUGCUCCAAUGACAGUGUCUGUCCCGAUGAUCAAAAGUGCUGCUCCAAUGGAUGUGGACAUGUGUGCACUGCGCCAUACAAAGUGAAGCCGGGUCUCUGUCCCCCUCCCGUGGGAAUCAGCUUGUGUGCAUUUUUGUGCCAACAAGAUGGACAGUGUCCAGAAGAGAAGAAGUGCUGCACAACAUCUUGUGGCCUCGACUGCCGCGAUCCGUUGAGGAAAUCCCCCAGAGACUAGGCUUCAAAAACAGAAAUGUAUCAUAGUGUCACUUCUUCCUUUACAAUUUUUUAAUUCAUGGCAGCACAGUUUGGUAUGAUAUUUAAUCACUGGUUUUCAUAAAGUGGAAAUCUUUGGGGGAGACAGUAAAUUGUUCUCCAUCAAUAUUGUUAUGAUGCCAUUUUAUGUGCCUGUACUUCAAAUAUGUACAAAAAGAAAAUACAGCAAGAAUUGUAAAAUAACCUGCAGGUUGGAAACAAUUGGUAGUGUACCAAAACACACUGUACUUGUUUUUCAGUUGCUUCAAACAAUAAACAUGUUUCAAGAAA